AUCUCCGAUUUCUCAACUGAUGCGUGCGGCUAAUUGUUCAUUUUAAGUUAUACUUUUUUUUUGCUUUUACGUUUCGAUUCAAGUUCCUCUUGUUUUUUUUCCGAUUGUUUGGAGAUUCAGGCGUCGAUUUUGUGUCUGAUGUUCAUUUCUGGUUUGAACUUUCGAACUCUUAUUUCAAUCCCCAAGUCUUCUUUUGGAAGAUUCCACUCUGCAAAUGCAUACCUUGUUCUCAGCGUAGACUCAACUUUGGCAUCUGACAAGGCACUAGAGUUAGAUGCAGCACUUGGAUGUUGUACGGUGCAAUACCGCGAAGUUCAAGGUCAAGAGACGGAGAAGUUUCUCUCAUACUUCAAGCCUUGUAUCAUACCUGUUGAAGGGAAGUACUCGCCACAAACUGGAUUCCCUGGCGAGACAUACCAUGUCACAUUGCUAAUGUGCAAAGGAGACCACGCCGUUCGCGUUAAAGAGGUGCCUUUUCUUCGGUCAUCACUGAACCAUGAUGAUGUGUUUGUUCUCGAUACUGCAUCAAAAGUUUUUCUCUUUGCUGGGUGCAACUCAGGCCCUCAGGAAAAAGCUAAAGCCUUGGAGGUUGUGGAGUGUAUAAAGGAUAACAAGCAUGUCGGAAGAUGUCAGGUGGCGACUAUCGAGGAUGGAAAGUUCUCAGGUGACUCAGAUCCUGGUGAAUUCUGGUCUUUCUUUGGUGGUUAUGCUCCCAUUCCCAAGUUUUCAUCUUCUACUGCUCAAGAACAGGCUCUAACUACAUGUGCAAAAUUAUAUCGGGGAAAUCUACAUCUAACUGGAACAAGUUCUUUGAUCAAAGAUAUGCUUGAAAAGAACAAAUGCUACAUGCUGGAUUCCGACAGCGAAGUGUUUGUUUGGUUGGGAAGAAACACAUCACUCACGGAAAGGAAGACAUCCAUUUCUUCCUCAGAAGAUUUUCUACGAAAGGAGGGACGCUCCACUAGCACGAGUCUAGUGCUUUUAACAGAAGGAUUAGAAAACGCUAGAUUCAGGUCAUUCUUUGAUAAAUGGCCUUAGAUCAUGGAGUCCAGCCUUUACAGUGAAGGUCGAGAAAAAAUGGCAGCAAUGUUCAAACGGAAGGGAUAUGAUGUGGAGGAGCUUCCUGAUGAAGAUGAUGAACCUCUCUAUACAAACUGCCGAGACUCCCUGAAGGUUUGGCGUGUAGAUGGUGAUGAGGUCUCGCUUCUCUACAUUCAUGACCAGACAAAGCUAUUCAUCGGCGAUUGCUAUAUUCUGCAGUAUAAAUAUACUUGCAACGAAAGAAAUGAAUAUCUAUUAUAUCUAUGGAUAGGUUGUGAAAGCAUGGAGCAAGAUAGAACUGAUGCCAUAUCCAAUGCUAGUGCCAUUGCUGCUUUAACCAAGGGUGAAUCUGUAAUGUCAUAUAUAUCAGGGAAACGAACCUGCUCGGUUUUUUUCAGUGUUCCAGUCGCUGGUUGUUUUUAAGGGUGGUUUGAGUAGACGUUACAAAAUGUUUCUAGUAGAGAAUGCAAUCAAAGCUGAAAUACCUAAUGAGAGCAAGGCUUGUCUUUUCCGUAUUCAAGGGACAGGUCCAAGGAACAUGCAAGCAAUUCAAGUUAAUCUAGCAGCAAACUCCUCGAACUCAUCCUACUGUUACAUUUUACAACAUGGAGCUUCUUCUAUCUUCACUUGGACUGGGAAUCUUUUCUCAGAAUCUGAUCAUGAUGUUCUUGACAGAAUGCUUUAAUUCCUUGAUACGUCUUGGCAACCCAUAUCCAUGAGGGAAGGAAAUGAAUCGGACACAUUUUGGGAUUUGCUUGGUGGGAAGUCAAUGAGAAAACAAUUUAUUUACAUGUUCCUGUAAUUCAGGUGAAGAAGUAUACAAUUUUGUGCAAGACGAUUUAACUACUGAAGAUGUAUUACUGCUGGACUGCCAAACUGAACUGUAUGUUUGGAUUGGAUUAAACUCAGACAUAAAGUCGAAGCAACAAGCUCUUACUCUUGGUCUGGAACGGGUUGUGCUUGCCUCUUAACUAAAUGGCAGGCAGUUACAAAGGCAAGACUGGGUUAUGAUCCAUUGGAAGUGAAUCCAGAGGACAUGGUUUGGUUUGCAAUGGGGAAGCCACAGGGAAUUAUUUCGAAGACAAUGGCCUUCUUCUCUCUCGGAUACUGUCGCAACUUAUUACCUAUACAUGAUAUAUGUCCAUCCGUUCAUUUUUUCUCUCUCGCAACUAUCAUCCCAAUGGUCUCUGAUGAGGUUUACGCUAAGGGAGUGGCACCCUUUGUGAAAUGCUUGUCAUGGUUGAGGCUUACAAAGGCAAAUGUUGUAUGUCCCAAAAAAAUUAAGCUGACCCUGAGUAGUUCUACGGAGGUAAACUUCUUGAAAGUGAGACAUAUAUUGGUGGCCAUGUAGAGUGCUUCGAAAGUGGUGUUAUCAGAUCCGACAUUCCAACCAGUUUUAGCUCAAAACAAGUUUGGCAGUGAAUAUGACCAUCCGAAGAAGAAGAUUGAGUCUAAAUCUGUUAAUGCUGGUGCAAAUAUUCAGUCUUCAUAACCUUUCCUUGAUCUGCCAAAGGUGGAACAACAAUCCAAAUUAAGAGAACGACUGAAAAAAACGUGCACCACCGGCUUCUCUAUUGCUUGACUUAUUUUUGCUUUGCCAAGUCAAGCAAAAUUUUCGCGGCCUCAUUAACAGCAUUGAGUGCUUCAGGAGGGUUAUCUUCCUCUUCAACAGCAACAAUAUCUUCAGGUGCUUCAUCACCAACGGCAGCAUUGAGCGCUGCACCUUGAGCAGCAGCAACAGGAUUCGCUCCUUCAGCAGGAUUGGAAUUAGAGGCUAAAGAUUGAGACGGCUCAAGCACUUUAGAGACGACCUAUAAACAGGUUUUGAAUUAGUUUUCGACCUAUAGAAGCAGCAAAACUGACAAAAAAAACAAAACACACCUUUGGUAUUUUGCACAAUCUGUCAGGACCUGUCUGGAAGCACUCUUCGUCCACUACUUUCGGCUGGAUCUCCGCUGCUUGCGGAUGGAUCUCCACUGCUUGCGAAUAGAUCUCCACUGCUUGCGGAUGGAUCUCCACUGCUUGCGGAUGGAUCUCCUUGGGAUGGAUCUCCACUGGUUUCUGCAUCCAUACCACCUUUCUUAGUGACAAAAAGGGUACAUGGCUCAAUUGUGUAAUUGAGGCUGAAUAGCGAUACGACUCCAUCAGGAUCACAGUACUCAGUUAACGUCCACUGGUUCGCUAUUUUUACUUGUUCUUCUGUAUUGUUGCCUGGAUUGUUGACGGUCAGUCGAAUGAGGAGAAAUCGGGUUUUGACUUUCCAAAGUACAUCCAGGUUCUGAGUGUUUCAGCUAAAGCAAGUGGGAAGGAUCGCCGAACAAACUCUAGUUGCCAGGGCGCUGUUUCAAACACCUUAUCACCGUCAAUGUCUAUAGUUCCAAUGCCCACAUCAAAACCUUCAGAUAUGUUUAGCAACGCCAUAAUGCAUGUAAGGUCAUGAUUUUUGGCACGCCCAUCGACCAAGACGUAGGGCAGUGCUUUGUUUCCGAGAGUAUGAGCGAUCUUGGUAUGGUCUUCGCAACAGUAUCGUUGAGUAUCAUCAGAAACACCGUGCCAGCAAGAAUACAAACUGCAUCUUUGGCUUCUGCGCAAGUGGUAUUGUUUCUCCGGAGCCGAGGGCGGAGCUGAGUCUGUAGCCGGAGGCAAGGGCGGAGCUGAGUCUGUAGCCGGAUGCGAGGGCGGAGCUGAGGCUGUAGCCGGAUGCGAGGGCGGAGCUGAGGCUGUAGCCGGAGGCGAAGUCGGCGUCGAUUCCGCCAUGGAUCACAAGAGAAAGAAAUUUGAAAGAUGGUAAAAGAACGAGGAUCGAAAAGCAAGCAAUUCUCGUGCGAUUUUCCGGGAAAGAAGAUCCUUUACUUAGCCGGAGGUGAGGGCGGAGCCGGGGGCCGAAGUCGGCGUCGGUUCGGCCAUGGAUCACAAUAGAAGAGAAAAGAAAUUUGAAAGAUGGUAAAGGAGGAUCGAAAAGCGAUUCUCCGGCAAUUUUCCGGGAAAGAAGAUCCUUUACUUAGCCGGAGGCGAGGGCGGAGCCGGGGGCGAAGUCGGCGUCGGUUCGGCCAUGGAUCACACUAGAAGAGAAAGAAAUUUGAAAGAUGGUAAAGAACGAUGAUCGAAAAACGAUUCUCCGGGAAAGAAGAUUUACGGGGUUUUGGAGGGAGGAUUCAAGAAUUGAGAUUUUGAUUGGGUUUUUAAUGCAUUCGUCCUAAUAUUUAUAGCCCAAAGUACAAAGCCCAUUAGGAUUUAACCGACUUAACUAAUCUGGAUACUCGACCCGAGUCGUUUUAUUCCUGCCCGCUUCCUCUCCUUCGUGGAUCUUGGCGCUUUUGGAAAAAUUCUCGUCGCAACAUUCUCUCGAUUAGCUCAAGCGUAAUCUCUCUUUACUCGUAAGCUCUAUUGUAGAUUCCUCUAACUAGCAUUCGUUUUUUUGAUUCUUGAUUUUGUCGCUCUGAGUAAAUGUAUGUUUUGUGAUGUCUAUGCUCUUUGAUGGUUAUUUUUCUAGCUUCUCUUCAAGUUGCUAGCUUUCGUAAGUUCGAACAAACUUCAAUUUUGGAUUCGCGAUUUCGUGUGAGAAAUUUGUUUAGUGCAGUAGUGUGUGAUGCCUGUAAGGGGUUUGAUGAAAUUCCUCAAAGAAAUUAACUUUAUCGUUAUGCCAGUGUAUCUUUUGGAUUUGAUUGUUUAGACAUAAGUUAAUAAAGGGAGAAUUUAU